CCUGGCUGGCCGGGCUGAGUUAAGUGAUGGAUGAAUCUCCCCGAAGUGCACCCUGCAGGCAGCAAUGCCAGGAUGCCCGUCUCCACCGCCCUUUGCCAAGAUGGCAGCCAGGAGCGGCCAGCAAGCCUGACGUCCACCACCUCUUCAUCUGGCUCCUCCCGUGACAGCCACAGUGCCAUGGAGGAGCCCCUUGGCUCUGAGGCCUCAGCCCAGAAUGGGGCAGGCUCCCCACGUGGUCGGCAUGCCCCCAACAGCAACAACAACUCCAGCAGCUGGCUGAACAUGAAGGGACCCCUCUCCCCAUUCAAUAGCCGGGCGGCAGCAGGGCCUGCGCACCACAAGCUCAGCUACCUGGGCCGAGUGGUGAGAGAGAUUGUGGAAACAGAGCGUAUGUAUGUGCAGGACCUGCGCAGCAUCGUGGAGGACUACCUCUUGAAGAUCAUCGACACGCCUGGGCUGCUGACACCAGAACAAGUCAGUGCCCUCUUUGGGAACAUAGAAAGCAUCUAUGCCCUGAACAGCCAGCUACUCAGAGACCUGGACAGCUGCAAUAGUGACCCUGUGGCUGUGGCCAGCUGCUUUGUGGAAAGGAGCCAAGAGUUUGAUAUCUACACCCAGUAUUGCAACAACUAUCCCAACUCCGUGGCUGCCCUGACGGAAUGUAUGCGGGACAAGCAGCAGGCCAAGUUCUUUCGGGACCGGCAGGAGCUGCUACAGCACUCGCUGCCCUUGGGCUCCUACCUCCUGAAGCCAGUCCAGCGCAUCCUCAAGUACCACCUGCUGCUCCAGGAAAUUGCCAAACAUUUUGAUGAAGAAGAGGAUGGCUUUGAGGUGGUGGAAGAUGCCAUUGACACCAUGACCUGUGUGGCCUGGUACAUCAAUGACAUGAAGAGGAGGCACGAGCAUGCCGUUCGCCUCCAGGAAAUUCAGUCACUGCUCAUCAACUGGAAGGGGCCAGACCUGACCAUCUACGGGGAGCUUGUCCUGGAGGGCACGUUCCGUGUGCACCGUGUGCGCAACGAGAGGACUUUCUUCCUCUUUGACAAAACACUGUUCAUCACCAAGAAACGGGGCGAUCAUUUUGUCUACAAAGGUCACAUCCCGUGCUCCUCCCUGAUGCUGAUCGAGAGCACCAAAGAUUCCCUGUGCUUCACUGUCACCCACUAUAAGCACAGCAAGCAACAGUACAGCAUCCAGGCCAAGACAGUGGAGGAGAAACGGAGCUGGACUCAUCACAUCAAGAGGCUCAUCCUGGAGAACCACCAUGCCACCAUUCCCCAGAAGGCCAAGGAAGCCAUCUUGGAAAUGGAUUCCUAUUAUCCCCAUCGGUACCGCUGUAGUCCAGAGCGGCUGAAGAAGGCUUGGUCCUCUCAGGAUGAGGUGUCCACCCAUGUGCGCCAGGGGCGCCGGCAAUCUGAGCCGACCAGACACCUGCUCAGGCAACUAAACGAGAAAGCCAGAGGAGCAGGAAUGAAGCAUGCAGGCAGUGCUGGUGCCCUCCUGGACUUUGGGCAGCCCCUCCAUACACGGGGCCUGCAGCCACAGGCUGAAGGGGCUGCCCAAGAGGAGCAGGAGGAAGAGGAGGAGGAGGAGGAGGAGGUGGUGGAGGAGGAGGAGGAGGAGGAGCAGGCCUUUCCGGUCUCUCUGGAGGACCUGGAAGGGCAUGAAGGCAGCGAGAAGGGGGCCAGGCCGGAGCCCCCAGGCUCGGAGGAGGAGGAGGAGGAGGAGGAGGAGGAGGAGAGUCUGGCAGUGGCAGAGCAGGGGAAGGGACACAGGGAAUCUGAAGGCCCCAAAAGCUGCAGAAGGCCCAGCAACCAUUCUCCAACCAGUGCUGAGAAGCAUCUGAGCUUCGAGUCUAUCUCUUCUCUGCCAGAGGUUGAGCCAGACCCUGAGCUUGGGCCUGAACAGGAGGUCUUUGCUGCUGUGGAAGGUCCCAGCACCGAGGACAUGCCUUCAGACACAGAGUCUCCAGAGGUCCUGGAAACACAGCUUGAUGCUCACCAGGGGCUGCUGGAGAUAGACCACCCAGGUGACAUGGUGGACUUAGUGGUGGCCGACAGCAACGAGGACCUUAAGGCCCUGAGCAGUGAAGAAGAGGAGGAGGAAAUGGGGACAGUCCAGGAGCCAGAGAGUCUCCUGCCACCCUCUGUGCUAGACCAGGCCAGUGUCAUUGCUGAGCGUUUUGUCAGCAGCUUCUCUCGGCGGAGCAGCCUGGCACUGGAGGAUGGCAAGUCCAGUGGCUUUGGGACACCUCGGCUGGUCAGCCGGAGCAGUAGCGUGCUCAGCUUAGAGGGCAGUGAGAAGGGCCUGGCCCGGUGGGGCAGCGCCACGGACUCCCUCAGCAACCAGCCCACUCCAGAAAUGGACAUCAGCACAGGGGUGGCCUCAGAGAGUGGCCCUUCUGUCAAUGGGACAGAACCCCCAAAUGCAGGCAGCCCUGUGGAGCCUGACAGGUCUUCCUGCAAGAAGAAGGAAUCGGCACUCUCUACCCGAGACAGGUUACUGCUGGACAAAAUCAAGAGCUACUAUGAAAAUGCAGAGCACCAUGAUGCGGGCUUCAGCGUCCGGCGCCGGGAGAGUCUCUCCUACAUCCCCAAAGGAUUAGUGAGAAACUCCGUCUCCAGGUUCAACAACCUUCCCAGGCCAGACCCAAAGCCUGCAGCUCCAGUAGAGUACAAGAGACAGGGGGGCUCCCGACCGGCCUCCUGGGCCCUGUUUGAUCUCCCAGGACCCAGCCAGGUGGCAACAGGGGACUCGGCUCCUAUCACGGAUGCUGAGUUCCGUCCAUCUUCUGAAAUUGUAAAAAUGUGGGAGAGAAUGGAGUCUGCUGAGGGGAGCCCCCGGACAGAGCAAGGCCAGGGCCAGGCCAAUGGCUUUGACCUGCAAGAGCCACUCUUCAUUUUGGAGGAGCAUGAGCUGGGGGCCAUCACAGAGGAGUCAGCUACCGCCUCACCAGAAAGCGCCUCCCCCACGGAACGGCCCAGCCCGGCCCACCUGGCUCGGGAGCUGAAAGAACUGGUGAAGGAGCUGAGCAGCGGUGCCCAGGGGGAGCUGGUCACCCCACUGCAUCCCCGCAUCAUGCAGCUCUCUCAUGUGAUGGACAGCCACAUGAGUGAGCGUGUCAAGAACAAGGUCUACCAGCUGGCCCGCCAGUACAGCCUCCGCAUCAAGAACAAGUCAAUGACGGCCAGGCCGCCACUGCAGUGGGAAAAGGCAGCUCCUGAGAGGGACGGGAAGAGCCCCACCGUUCCCUGCCCACAGGAGGAGCCUGGAGACCUAGCAGGUGUCAAAGGCAAGAGAAGGCCCUUGCUUUCCCUCUUCACGUACGAGCAGCUGGUGGCCCAAGAGCACAGCCCCCCCAAGCCCUCCUCUGCUAGAGAGACGUCCCCACGCCGUUUCUCCUUCAGCCCUUCUGCUGCCAGCCCAAGGACCACCUCACCUGGGUGCCGGCCCUGCACUCGGAGUCCCCUCAGCCCCUUUGACACUGAGACUUUCAACUGGCCCGAUGUCCGAGAACUCUGCUCCAAGUAUGCCUCCCACGAUGAGGCUGUCCAGGCCGAGGGAAGCCGCCGUCGCCCUCGUGGCCCACCCGUCAACCGGAGCCACUCUGCGCCUGAGAAUAUGGUGGAGCCCCCUCUCUCUGGCAGAGUGGGCCGCUGUUGCAGCCUGAACACCAAGAGGAGCCAGGGAGCUACCCAGUCCCCACCUCCUAGGAUGCCGCCUCAAAGCCGGCUGAAUGGAGGUGAAGCCCUGUAUGUCACCGCAGAUGUCACCCUGGAGAACAACCGGCGAGUGAUUGUCAUGGAGAAGGGACCCCUUCCCAGCCCCACUGCAGGGCUGGAUGAGGUGGGCAAUGGGCAGGGACCAAGCUCACCGGCAGCCGUGGUGGCACAAGGCCAACGUUUCCCAGACUCUGUAGAGUAUCAGCCGAAGGAAGAUGGUCCCAGGGAUCCAGCAGACCCAAGCAAGCAGAGCAGAGUGAGAAACCUGAGAGAGAAAUUCCAGGCCUUGAACUCUGUAGGUUGACUCUGACUGCUGGUCAGGGGCAGGAGCCAUGUCGGUGUGGCAUACCUCCCCCCGAAUCUGGGCUUACAUGGGCCCCUUGCCCAGGGCCCUCGUGAAGGCUGCCCUUGCUCUCCUAGAAGAGCGACCCAGCGUGGCCUUGCCUGCAGCCUGCUCUGUGUGCUGGUGGUCUCCUGGGGCUCCAGACGCCUUUCCUCAAGCCCAGAUGAGUCGCACUUCCCACUUCCCUUGUAAAUAUCUCUCUGGUUGGAAGCCAAAUAUUUAAGCUCACUUCUUCCCAGGGAGAGCAAGCACUGCUCAGGCCCUGGGCUGGCCAUUGCCAGGCCGAGGACCCUCGGGGGGAGACCUGGGCAGGCUUUGCUCUUUAACUGUGCCUUUUCUUAGGACUCAGGAAUGAGGCCAAUAAUUUAUUGCUUUCCAUCCUGUGGUAUGUGCGUGCGAGCGAGUAGGCAUCUUGUUUAUUCCCCUCCUGUGAAGAAUGUAACCGACUUAGUUCAGGUACUUUUGAGGGUUGUCUUGCUGUCCCUGUGGUUGUCGCUAAUGUACACACAUUUCACUCUGUGCCAAUGGUGCAAUAACCACUGCUG